UCCUUCGCCUAAUCGGUUUGGCCGAAAGCGGCUACCGUGAGCCGUCUGAAGUGCGCGUGCGUGAGCCGCAAAGUAGCAUGGUGGCCGCCAGUAGCUGCCUGUUCUGCGCCCGCCCGAUGCUGCCCCGGCUUUGCGCGGGCCUGGCCGCAGGGCCCAGGUCGCUCCUCCAGGCAUCGGCUUAUUCCACCGCGCUGGUUGUGGGGAGCGGGGGGCCCAGCCCGCGCGAAGUUGCAGCGUCGAGAAGAAGCAGGACAUCACAAAUUGCAAGAAAUAGAAGAGUGCCUGGAGCUCCUAGAACUGAAAAGAUGGCUGUUGAUCAGUACUGGGGCAAUGUUUAUCCAACUGCGGCAGCAUUUAAUCCUUCUUCGGUGCCUCUUCCCAUCCGAAUGGGCUAUCCUGUGAAGAGGGGAGUACCUCCUCCAAAGGAAGGCAAUUUGGAGCUUAUAAAGAUCCCCAACUUUUUGCAUCUGACUCCCCCAGCAAUUAAGAAACAUUGUACAGCUCUUAAAGAUUUCUGCACUGAGUGGCCAACUGUAUUGGACAGUGAUGAGAAAUGUGAGCAGCAUUUUCCUAUUGAAAUUGAGACAGUAGAUUAUGUUUCAGCAGGGCCAUCUGUUCGUAAUCCCAAAGCAAGAGUGGUGACUUUAAGAGUUAAGCUUUCCAAAUUGAACUUGGAUGACCAUGCAAAAAAGAAGCUCAUUAAACUUGUAGGAGAGCGGUACUGCAAGGAUACAGAUAUACUUACCAUUACAACAGACAGGUGUCCAUUAAGGAGACAGAACUAUGACUAUGGAAUCUACCUCCUCACAGUUUUGUACCAUGAAUCGUGGAAAACCGAAAUGUGGGAAAACGAGAAGACUGAAGCUGACAUGGAGGAGUAUAUCUGGGAUAAUAGCCCCUCUCAGAAGAAUGCUUUGGACACGCUUCUUCGAAUAAGAGCUGCAGAGAAAACCACUGAAGUAACUAAGGAAGAGCUGCUUGCCUCUGAGAUAGUUCAGAAUUACAAAACCGCUGUAGUUGCACUUAAAAAUGAAGGGGAAACAGAAAACAACCUUUUGCAAUACAAGGAAUCUGUGAUGAAACUACUGAAUUUACAAGCAUUACAGUGAAAAUUGACAUUCCAUGCACAUCUCUGAUCUUAUGUCAAUAUACAAAGAUAAUGUAUGAUAAUAUUACUUUGUAGGAAAUUGUGAAUGCAGUUAUCCAUGAUAUUCUGGACCUUCAACAAAACAAGUUUUCCUUAGAAUAUUAAAAUUUUAAAAUUUCAAAAACCUUGAAUGGAAUUUCCAGUGAAUAGAGAUUUCAAAAAGGGUCAGCAACAAACAGUUUGUUUCCCCUUAUGCCAAUAUCCUUCUUUUCCUCUAUAAAUACAAUUUGUAUCAAGUCUUUUCUAGGAAGCCUUCUGAGUAUUUAUGGGCUUAGGCAUUCUGUUCUGCUGUUCUAGCCAGCGAUUUAAGAGGCCCCGAUCGAAUUCCUUGCUCUACCACAGACUUCUAUGUAUCCUUGGGUAAAUCACAUAGGGUAAGAUUUUCAAAAGCACCCAUUGACUUAGCCUCCUAAGUUCCACUGAAUUUCAAUGAGAUUUGGGAUCCUGUGUGCCUAAGUCAUUUCUGCAAAUGAGGCACACAGGGUAUGUCUACACAGCAAAGAAAAGCCCAAGCCCAGCAGUCUAUACAGACAUGAAAGAGCCCCGCAGUAGGAGCCCUGCAAACCUGAGUCAACUGGCAUGGGCCAGCUGUGGGUGUCUAAUUGCUGUGUAAGCAUACCUUUAGUGUGCAUUUGAAAAUUUUACUCUUAGUGUCUCUGUGCCUCCAUUACCUUCAUUUUUCCAGAUAAAGGUAACAUUACCUCCUACCUUGGUGGGCAGUUGGCAGACUAACUGCAUUGGAGGUUGUGAUGCACGUAACUUAGAUAGACAUGUAUAUCUCUGAAGGAAGGGGAACAGGAUAAAGUUAAGACCUCAGAAUAGAAAAUGGAUGGAGUAGCGUACCAUAAAGAAAGGAGGGAAAGGUUAAAGAGUGGCUGAAAGGAUGCAAAAUAAAAGGUAUACACAUA